CAAAAACAAGAUUGGGUGCUUUCUUUUUUAGUUUGUGACGUUUGCUAAAAAAAACUAAAAAAAUAGUUUAUGUUUCCGUUAGUUUGAUGUGAAUUACGUUUAUUUAAUUAACUAAGUUAUGUUUAGGUGUAGUGGUUUAAUUUUUUACUAAAAUCUCGGCGGAUUUAAAUAGAACAUGGAGGAUUACGCGUUGGACCCCUACGAGCAACAACUACUAAAAGUCUUCAACAGCCACGACCGAGACAACUGCGGCAGCCUGGACUCCGCAGGACUAACCCAGCUCUGCCAAACCCUGCAGCUCGAAGAGCACGGCACCAGCCUGGUCAAGUGCCUCCUGCAGGACAAACGCCACCGCGUCAACUUCGCCGACUUCAAAGACGCCCUCCUCGCCCUGCUCGGCAACAUGCAACAAACCACCAAAACCGCCACCGACGAGAAAUCCUCCCCGGAGCGCGAGGUCUCCCCCAAGUUCGUCUACGGCUCCAAGAAGUACGGCCGGCGGUCUCGUCCCCGCCUCGAACCCCCCGCCAACGAACACGACCCGCCCGACAAACCCCCGCAAACCUGCAACGUGCAACGGUCCAACUCCAACGCCGAGGUCUCGUCCAAGAAGCGCAAGACCAACUACAGGCUGCAACGGUGCGCCUCGCUGCCCGCCGGCGACGAGCCCGCCGACGAUCCGGAGCUCGUCUGCACCGAGGAGAUGCUGCGCGAGGCCUGGAAGAAGCUGGCCGUCGGCCAGGACGGCCAUUUGAACCAGACCGAAUUGAUAUUGGUCUGCGACGCCAUCGGGUUGCGCCGGCUCGCCGAAGGCGUCAUCAGACAGCUGUCGGACAAGCUGGCGCUCAAUCGCGACCACAAGAUCAGCUUCCAGGAGCUGUUGAACAUCCUUCGACAAGACGAUACUUGGUACGAGGUGCUCAAUCGACCGUCGAUCGACGAGACCGGUUCCGUGCCGAGUUCCGGCGACGGAUUGUUUCCCGAUUCUCGGACGUUCCAUUUGGUCACGCUCGGACCGGACGGGAACGGUACCAUCACCGCCGACAGUCUCAUAGAAAUGUGGGAAUCCGUCGGGAUACAUUCGCCCAAGGAGCUGCUGCACGAGCUGGGCUUCGAUUGCAGACGUAUCAAUAUACUGGAUCUGGCCGAUGUGCUCGACAAGCAAAUCAAAGGUAUCAACGAAGUGACCAGGAGUAAAUACCAAAGUCCGCAAGUCGCUCUAUUACAGGCGAGUUUGGCUCUCUACCAGUCCGAGAUCAAAACGUUCAAGAACCUGCUGGAGCAAAUGCACGUCGAGCGCGAGAAGCUCAAAUGUCACGUGACGGAAGCCAACAACAGGGCCACCCUAUUGGCCCAAGAGGUCGACGACAACCAUUCGAGAAUGGAGCAGAACACCGUGAAUCAAGUGAAAUUGUUGGAGCAACGCCACGCCGACAUCGUCAAAGAACUGACGGCGCAAUUCGCCAAAGACAAGGAUCAAUCGGUGCAGGCGAAUCGGUCGCUCGAAGAGAAGAUCUCGACGUUGGAAGUGGAAGUGGGCAAGCUGAAGAACGAUCUGUCGGUGGCCGGGAAGUACUCGUUGAAUUUGGAGAAGGACAAUCGGAGCCUUUCGAUGAAAAUCGACGAAUUGGAACGGGACAAGGACCGGCUGUCGGGCCGCAUCGAAACGUUGGAGGGCGAGACGCAGAAGUCCUGCGAGAUGGAGCGGCGCGAGAACGAUUUGCUGUUGGGCAAAUUGGCCUCGUUGCGCACGGAAAACGACCAAUUGAAGGACAAAAACGACGAGAUGGCGUCCGAAAUCGAAAGUCUCUCCAAUCAGGUGGCUAGCAUGCGCACUAAAGUGUCGAGUACGCCGGCGAAAAUCAAUUCGUUGGAUCAAUCGAUGGACGAGAACAUAUCGAUCAUAUGCGAGGGCGUCGGCGUCGGCGUCGGCGCCAAGCGUCGCAACCAGUACUCGCCUUCUAAGGAGAACCAUCUGUUCGGUAUCGAUAAGAGCCCGCGAUUGGGCAAGAUCAGGAAGUACGGGACGCGAUCGGAGGCCGUCGAGGGGCCUUUUACGUCGAGCGAGAGCGGCUUCGACGGCGAAGGGGAUUAUUUGGAUUCCUCGUCGUCGGUAUCGACCAACGACAACGACGAAUUGGUCCGGUUGCAGUCGAAGGUGGCCUUUUUGGAGCAGAUACUCAAACAGAACGGCGUUCCGCUGCCGCAAAGCUACGAGAAAUCGAACACGAACGCCCACUACCUGACCGGCCGGAUCAGUGACCUGGAGAGGCUGAUCAGAAACGUGAAAGAAGCGAUGCGGGCGCUGAUCGACAGCGACGAUCUCGACCGCGACCGGCUCAGAAAAUUCGGCGAGAAACUCGACAGGACCCUGUUAGGCGAUUGCCCGCCCGAUUCGAUCACCGUCGAAUCCCAAACGGACCCCUUCGAGCACUUCGAAGCCAAAGCGAACGAGCUCGAAACGGAGAACAGAUCACUGGCCGGCAAAUGCGCCGACUUGGAGAGCUGCGUGGAACUGCUCAAAAACGAGUACGAAAAGUGCGAAGACUACUGGCAGAACUUGGUGGACGAGGAGCGGCAGAUGUACGAGGCCGAGCAGAAGGUCAACAGCGACAAACUGGCCGAGCUGAUACUGAAGAUGCAGGACUACGAGGAGCAGUACGCCGAGAAGGACGCCCGCCUGCCGGCGAUCGAGGAGCGGUACAAUUUGGAGAAGCAGUUCACCGAUUUGGAGGAGGAGUUCGAAUCGUACAGGGAGCGCAGCGAGACGAUUCUGUCGCAGAAGGACGACGAAAUUCGAUUGCUCAAAGAGAAACUGACCGAAUUGGCGUUGAGGCAACGCAACGACGUGGCGGUACAAGCUCAAACCGAUUCGGAAUCGGAGCGGGUGUACAAGAAAAUGCAGAACCUCUCGUGUUAUUUGAUCGAAAACACCGAUCGGUACCCGGAGGAUAUGCAAACUCGACAACAACAACAACAAAACGUUUGGAAUCCGGAUUGGCAGGAAUCGGCCAAAUCGCUGCCGGUCAAUUUCGAAUUGUACAAUUCGACGGGGGCCCCUUCGACGUCUUGCAGCACCGCCAGCUUGGAUCAGCCCUCGUCGCCGGGCACGCCGUGUCGACCGAAGAGGACGAAGAAAUACAACAAAACCAUCUACAAGAAAACCGAACAGGGCCACACGGAAGCGAAAUCCGCCGAAGCCGUCGAACAGAAGAUCCUCAUUCCGUUGAAAUCGUUCCACAGCCUGAGCGCCCGACGGAACUUCCUCGAGCAGCGCGUGCGCCACCUGCAGUUCUGCCUGCAACAGCAGAAGAUGUGCAACGAACAAACGCUGCAACGUUUUUGGCACCAAUUCAACGGCGAGCGCGUCGAUCUGCACGCGAAGCUGCGCUACCUGCAGGAGAAGCUCGACCAGCAGGUGUCGAUCAGUCGCGAGCAGCUGGACAAACUGGAAAAGACUGAUAUGCUGGUGAAGGAUCUCUACGUGGAGAAUUCCUAUCUGAUAGCGAGCGUGCAGAGAUUGGAGCAGCGUUGCCACAUUUUGUCGCAGUGCAACAAUCCGAGUUCGGUGUAGGUGGAAUAUGGCGGAAACGUUUCCAGUGAAUGUUAUCUUUAACGUAUUAUUUAUUUUACUGUAUAUAUUUCUCGUGUAACUGAGGUACAAAAGUUUUUAAACUGGUCGCUUUUGAUUGUGUUUUCAAUCGAACAAAUUUGGUUGUUGCCUUAUUGACGUUUGACAACAGGAUAUUUUAUAUUGACAGAUAAGAAUUGUUGAUUUUAGCGAAUUUUUGUGAUUUGACACAAACUUUGACAGUUUGUUAUAUUUCAAAUGAGUGCUAGAUUGUCGAAAUUGAUUGAUUAAAAGUCAAAUAUUUAUAUAAUCUAACUAAACACAUUUGUUGAGUUGAGGUCGUCGUGUUCUUUUUUAAUUUAUUUUUAACCUGUUAAUUCGCAUUGUAACGCUAGUUUUUAGUUAAAUUAUACGAAUAAGUCACCGAAGGUUUGCCCUAAUAUAGUACAUGUUAUUUUUUUCUUAGAUUUUAUCGCAUAUCAAGAGGCAUCUAUUUUAAUUGUAAUAUCGAUUUAAUGUGAGCUAAUCAAAUUUCAAAUAAUCUUGCUAUUUUUAUAUACGAGCAGUUCCUAUGCUAUAUUUUUUCCAUCGAUGUACUUAGUAUGUUUUAAGCCUCGAAUUAAUAUGUAUAUUACUAACUCAGGGUAGUUUAAAUUUAUAUUUCUUGCAGUUAAAUUAGUCUUGUUAUAAUUGCCAUAGAGUGUACAUAUUAUUAAACUUUAAUAGAGUUUAUAUACUACUUUAAAAGCUUGUAACAAAUAAUGCGCCUCAUAUUUACUUCUUUCAACGAUUAUGUACAUUCACUAUUGCUUGGGCUAGUUUGUGUAUUUGUUAAAAACAUUGCCAUUUUUGAAAUUAAAAUGGUAUUUGUUGCACCUGAUUCAAGAAUGUCUGCUCUAGAUGUUUGUCGAGAGUGAGGUUGUUUUCGAUUUACUGGGAAAUUAGCAUUAAGCCGGUAUUAUUAUUAUUAACGAAAUUGUGCCUCUACUAUUUAUUAUUAAACGUUUAUUAUCCAAAGAACUGUAAGAUAUUGUUAAAUGAUUUUGAACAAAGUGUCAUAUUAAUGAAAAAGUAAGUGAAUAAAAAAAACCGAUAAAUA